GGAGCGGCCAGCGGGGGCGGCGCAUGCGCGGUGCGGGAGGCGCGGUUUGUCUCCUGCCGGCGCUGGUAGCGCCGCCGCUCCGGCCGCCCCCCGCCCCCGCUUCCUGUGAGGAGCGAAUGGAAACUCCGGCGCCCGCGAGCGUACUGUAAAAACCCUAGAACAGUGAGAAUGCACCAUGGUAAUGGUCCUCAGAAUGCCCAGCGCCAGCUCCAGAGGUCCAGAUCCUUCACGGGCAGUGAGGGAGAAGAGCAACAGGCAAAUUUACCCCAGUCACCUGCAGCUUCUUUCGCACCUUCUGCAAGUCCAUCCGCACCCCAGUCCCCCAGUUACCAAAUCCAGCAAUUUAUCAUGAGUCGGAGUCCAGUGGCUGGGCAGAAUGUGAACAUCACGCUGCAGAACGUUGGACCGGUGGCUUCAGGAAACCAGCAGAUAACGCUUACCCCAUUGCCAAUUCCAAACCCAACGUCUCCGAGUUUCCAGUUCAGUCCUCAGCAGAGGCGGUUUGAACAUGGAUCUCCAUCGUAUAUUCAAGUUACAUCACCGCUGCCUCAACAGGUCCAGUCUCAAAGCCCCACACAGCCUAACCCUGUGCCAGUGCAAACGUUACCAAACGUUCGGGCUGGCACUCCGGGCCCUGGCUUGGGAAUGUGCAGCCAGAGCCCUACCAGAGGGUUUGUAGAUGCUAGUGUGCUUGUGAGACAAAUCAGCUUGAGUCCUUCAAAUGGUGGCCACUUUGUUUAUCAAGAAGGACCGGGAAUUGCCCAGAUUGCUCAAGGAGCUGCAGCGCAAGUGCAGCUUCCAUCUGCUGGGACAGCUGGCACGGUAAGGGAACGCAGGCUUUCACAACCUCAUUCGCAGUCUGGUGGCACCAUUCAUCAUCUUGGUCCUCAGAGUCCUGUAGCUAGCGGAGCAAAUAUGCAAUCUUUGACUAGCCCGGGCCAUAUCACGACUACCAGCUUGCCACCCCAAAUCAGCAAUAUUAUCCAAGGGCAACUGAUGCAGCAGCAGCAGCAAGUGCUUCAAGGCCAGCAGCUGGGUAGACCCAUUGGAUACGACAGGACUUCUGGUGGAUUGAUAGCAGGAGUUGGAGGACCUAGUGCAUUUGGAAUGACAUCACCACCUCCUCCCACAAGUCCUUCACGGGCCACGGUACCACAGGGGCUGUCAAGUCUUCCUCUUACUCCUACAGUUAAUACAGCAGUGAAAAAACAACCUAAAAAAUUGGAGGAGAUUCCUCCUGCCAACCAAGAGACUGCCCAAAUGAGAAAACAAUGUUUGGAUCAUCACCACAAGCAGAUGGAAAUUCUCAAGGAAACUUUUAAGGAAUGUUUGAUUGAAUUGUUUUUCCUGCAACAUCUUCAGGGGAAUAUGAUGGACUUUUUAGCUUUUAAGAAGAAACAUUGUGUUCCACUGCAAGCAUACCUGAGGCAAAAUGACCUGGAUCUGGAGGAGGAAGAAGAGGAAGAACAGUCUGAGGUCAUCAAUGAUGAGGUAAAGGUUGUGACAGGAAAGGAUGGGCAGACUGGUACUCCUGUCGCUAUAGCAACUCAGCUUCCUCCAAAUGUUUCUGCUGCUUUUUCAUCCCAGCAGCAACCAUUUCAGCAAACGCAUACAGGGACUCCGGUAACGGGGACUGUGAACGCCAUCGAAAUUGAAGCUUUUAAGAGGCAGCAGGCACUUGCACCAGCAGAUUCGUCUAAGAGACCACGAAUUGAAGUGGGCCGCCAUGGGAUGGUUUUUCAGCACCCGGGUGUGGCUUCAGGAGUUCCUCUUCAACAGCUAAUGCCAACGGCACAAGGUGGAAUGCCUCCCACUCCUCAGGCCGUGCAGCUGACGGGGCAGAAGCAGAGCCAACAGCAGUACGACCCGUCCAAAGGCCCCCCGGUGCAGAACGCCGCCAGCCUGCACACCCCUCCGCCGCAGCUGCCGGGGCGGCUGCAGCCGGCCAGCGGCCCCGUGACGGCUCUCCCGGCCACGCUGCAGCUUUCCCAGCAGCAGCCGCAGGUCGUGGAAGCUCCAGCUCAGGCUCAGCUCCAGGUGAAGAUCCAGCCGCAGAGCGUGUCCCUGGGCUCUGCUCCGCUGCCGGCCCCGCUGCAGCAGCAGGUGCCGCCAGCGAUCCACGUGCAAGGACUGACACCGAACCAAGUGUCACAGCCGCCAGCUACGAUACAGCAGCAGACUGUGACUCUGACACGACCACCUGCGGAUCCUGCUCAGACUUCUCAGCGUCUUACGGCAAAUACGCUACCGCCUACCUCAUCCGUUGCGCCAGCAACCGUCUCGGGCACAACACCGCCUUCUGCGUACCCAGUGCAAGCAAACAGGACCUCUCCAGCCACCAACAAGUCCCUGUCUCCUAUUGCAUCAAAACCCCCAGGCUUGGCCGUAGCAGCAGCACCGAAAACACAAAGCCCAGCUCAGAACGCAGCAGUGUUGCCACAGGAGAACUCUCAAGACAAGCUUGCUGAGCAAGUAAAGCUGGAAAAUCAAAUCCAUCAGCGAAUAGCAGAACUGAGAAAGGAAGGUUUGUGGUCCCUGAGGCGACUGCCUAAACUGCAGGAGGCUCCGAGGCCAAAAUCUCACUGGGAUUAUUUGCUGGAAGAAAUGCAGUGGAUGGCAACUGAUUUUGCCCAAGAAAGAAAGUGGAAGAUGGCAACUGCUAAGAAGAUGGUAAGAACUGUGGCUCGUUAUCAUGAAGAAAAGAAGCUUAAUGAAGAGCGAGCUAAAAGGGAAGAACAAAACAAACUGAGGCGAAUUGCUGCAUCAAUUGCUAGAGAAAUAGAAUACUUCUGGUCCAACAUUGAACAGGUCGUUGAAAUAAAACUGCAAAUUGAAUUUCAAGAGAAAAGGAAAAAAGCAUUGAAUUUAAAGAGAAUUUCAAGGAAAGGUAAGGAUACAAAACUUGGAGAAGACCUUUUGUUGGAAAAAGACAGUGAAAUGGGUUCUUCAUCAUCUGGCAGGAAAAGAAAGGCAAGCACGUCUUUGACUGAUGAGGAAGUUGAAGAUGAAGAAGAAACAAUUGAAGAACAAGAAGCUAAAGAAGGAAACAUAAACCAUCAAAGCGAAUUGUCUAACCUAGCCAAAGAAGCUGAAUUGCCUCUGGAAGAUUUACUGAAGAUGUAUGAAGGUGCCUUUGCAGAAAAUUUCCACUGGCCCCAGCCGAAGCCCGACAGCGAAGAGGACAGCAGUGAGGAGGAAAUGGAGGAGCACAUCUCUGAUCGGGAGAGUCCCCAGAAGGAAGUUGUCCUCAUAGACUCCCUGCUCACCAUUGACCAGUACAAGGGGCUGGACAGAUCGAGUCCUCCUAAGAAGAACAUGCGAGACAUUUCAGAAGUUGCUGCUGCAGCAGAAAUGCUGUUACCUAAAGGCAGCUCCAGGAUAACAACAGCAGUAAAAUACAACACUCCAUCACUGCUGUAUGGGCCUCUCAGAGAGUAUCAGAAGAUCGGGCUGGAUUGGCUGGCAAAGCUGUACAGGAAGAAUCUCAACGGCAUCCUGGCAGACGAGGCUGGGCUUGGGAAAACAGUGCAAAUUAUUGCCUUCUUUGCUCACUUGGCCUGUAAUGAAGGUAACUGGGGCCCUCACCUUGUUGUUGUACGGAGCUGUAACAUAUUGAAGUGGGAGCUGGAAUUGAAACGCUGGUGCCCAGGCUUGAAGAUACUUCUCUACUUUGGCAGCCAGAGGGAACUUAGGGCAAAAAGACAGGAAUGGACAGAACCCAACAGCUUCAAUGUGUGCAUCACCUCCUACAAACAGCUGUUCAAAGGCCACCCCGCGUUUAUGAAAAUGCGAUGGAAAUACUUAAUAGUAGAUGAGAUGCAACAAAUAAAGAACAUGACUGAGAAGCACUGGGAGGCACUUUUCAGUCUCCGUAGCCAGCAUCGUUUGCUUCUGAUAGACACCCCUUUGCAUAACACAUUGAUGGAGCUGUGGACCAUGGUGCAUUUCCUGAUUCCGGGAAUUUCCAGACCUUACCUUGAUUUUCCAGUGAAGGCAGCUAAUGAGGAGAACCAGGAUUAUUGCCAUAAACUGGUCAUCAGGUUACACAGAAUGAUUCAGCCGUUUAUUUUGCGAAGAUCCAAGAGAGACGUUGAAAAGCAGCUGACAAAGAAAUACGAACAUGUGCUGAAGUGUCGUCUCUCUAGUCGACAAAAAGCCAUGUACGAAGAUGUCAUAUUACAGCCAGGAACCCAAGAAGCCCUCAAAAGUGGACACUUCAUCAGUGUCCUGCACGUCCUGAUGCAGCUGCAGCGGAUCUGUAACCACCCCGAUCUGAUCAACCCCCGGCUUUCCAGCACCUCGUACGUGUCAGAAACACUGGAGUACAGAACUGCGUCUCUGGUGCUGAGUGCCCUGGAGAGGGAUAUUUGGAAGGAAUCAGACCUGUCUCUUUUUGAUCUCAUUGGAAUGGAAAACAAAAUGACUCAGUAUGAAGCACAAUUGUUGCCAAAACAAAAGGUUACUAGAAAGUUGAUUGAAGAGAUCUACAGCUCCCCGGCCCCGCCGGCCAGGCCCAACCCCGUGAAGCUCAAACCCAGCAGGUUGUUUCAGCCCGUUCAGUACGGUCAGAAGCCGGAGGGCAGGACUGUGGUUUUCCCCAGCACACAAGUCCAGCGCACGGUGGCCACAGCGACGGUGACUCAGCAGGGACAAGUGCGAGGAAGGUCACCCAUCGCUACGGUGUCUUCCAGUCAAGCCGCAGCAGCACAGUUUCAGACAACUCAGGCUUCCACCAGUGCUCCAAGACACCAGCCCGCAGCGACCUUCAGCACAGCAACUAGCGCAGCCAGCCCCGGGAAGGCGCGGGGCCAGACCUCCGCGCAGGCCCCGCUGGGCCAGGCCCAGCCCGCGGCCCCCCCGCAGCCCGGCCCCCACACUGUGCUGCCCCAGAGGCUGGUGCUCACCUCCCAGGCCCAGGCACGGUUGCCUAGUGGUGAGGUAGUAAAAAUAGCCCAGCUGGCUUCUAUAGCAGGAGCACAAGGCAGAAUCGCUCAGCCGGAGACUCCCGUGACGCUGCAGUUCCAAGGGAACAAGUUCACUCUGUCGCACAGUCAGCUCCGGCAGCUCACUGCGGGGCAGCCCUUGCAGUUACAAGGAAGCGUUCUUCAGAUAGUCUCAGCGCCGGGCCAGCAGUAUUUGAGGCCCCAGGGCCCGGUGGUCAUGCAGACGGUGUCCCAAGCGGGAACUGUUCAGAACGCUCUGAACGCUUUAGGAAACCAGCAUCAGGCAGGUGUCCCAACCUCCACAGCAGUGACACAGCAAGUUUGUAUUCCAGGUAGAACUGCAGUUACUAAUUUGGCAUCCGCUGACAUGGGAGCAGCGCUGAAAGCAGCACCCGCGCAUGGGCAGCCGCAGGAAACGUAUGAGGAAAAGAACCGGCUUUUGAAAGAGCGCCUGGACAGAAUAUUUUCUGGCAACGAGCGCCGCUGCUCGCGGGCUCCGAUGUACGGCAGAGACUUGCUGAGCGUGUGCUCUGUGAGCGGCGCCGGGUCCCCUGGGGCCGGCCGCUGGGGCUGGGCCGGCUCUGUCCACUGCUGCCUGUCCGCAAGGGCCCCCGUGGGCGCGAGGAGCCCCUUGCAAGAGAUGAUCCUCACUUUGCUUCGGCAGCAAGAGUCUCUGAAGGAUGUUGUGAACAGGGCUCUCUUCGUAUUGCCAGCUGCUGUUGCCGCUCCCCCGUGUUUAUAUGUAGCAAAUCCUCCCCCUUCGUAUAGUCACAGAUUGAAACUCCUUAAGCACAGUCUGAAGCAGAAGGCAGCUCCGCACCUGCAUCAGUUGCAACAGAUGACGACUCCUCACUUGCUGCAGUUCCCUGACCUCCGGCUGGUGCAGUACGACUCAGGAAAAUUAGAAGCUCUCGCUGUCUUGCUUCAGAAGUUGAAAUCUGAAGGGCGCCGUGUGCUGAUCUUGUCACAGAUGAUUCUCAUGUUGGACAUACUGGAGUUAUUCCUGAAUUUCCAUUUCCUCACGUUUGUGAGGAUCGAUGAAUAUGCUAACCGUGAACAACGGCAGGAGCUGAUGAAGAUUUUCAACAGAGACAAGCGCAUCUUCUGUGCCAUCCUUUCCUCUCACAGUCGUUCCACUGGUGUCAAUCUUGUUGAGGCGGACACGGUUGUGUUCUAUGACAAUGAUCUGAACCCGGUGAUGGACGCAAAGGCUCAGGAAUGGUGUGACAGGAUCGGGAGAUGUAAAGAUAUCCAUAUAUACAGGCUUGUCAGUGGUAAUUCUGUAGAAGAGAAGCUUUUGAAAAACGGCACAAAGGACUUGAUCAGAGAAGUAGCUGCUCAGGGAAAUGACUAUUCAAUGGCCUUUUUAACACAGCAAACGAUUCAAGAAUUGUUUGAGGUUCAUUCUCCUAUGGAGGAUUCUGGAUUUAGAGUGAAAGCAGAAGAAUUUGUAGUACUUUCUCAAGAGCCAUCUCCAGCAGAAAAUAUUUCUCCUAAAGUUGCAAGACCAUUCAUAGAGGCCCUCAACAGUAUCGAACAAGAGGAUGAGGAGUCGAACGAUUGCGUACGAGAAAUAGGACCUGAGUCAAGCAUUGAACCUUUAAUCUCGGAGCUCUGUGAGACAAAAUACAAUGAAGAGCCCUCACAGCUGGAGGAAUUAGUUGCUGUCGUGGAUCAGCUGACUCCAAUUGAGAAGUAUGCUUUGAAUUAUUUAGAGCUCUUCCACGUUUCAGUUGAUGAGAAUGAGCCGCGGUUGAAUGAGAUGGAAUUGAGAAGUGCAAAGAAAGCCUGGGAAGUCCAGCAUAUGAAGGAGUUAAAGGAAAAAGAGCAACAAAUGCUUUGGGAGGAUGAAGAGGAACUACUGACCUACACGCGGGAGGAUGCGUACAACAAAGAAUAUGUCUAUGAAGGCCCAGAUGGACAGACCGAAAUAAUGCCGCUUUGGACUCCUCCCACCCCCCCCCAGGAUGACAACGAUAUCUACAUUGACUCUGUUAUGUGCCUGAUGUACGACACCACCCCGAUUCCGGAGUCAAAGCUGCCCCCGGUGUACAUCAGGAAGGAACGUAAACGACACAAAACGGAUCCGUCUGCUGCAGGCAGGAAGAAAAAGCAACGUCAUGGAGAGACAGUCAUUCCACCUCGCUCACUGUUUGAUCGAGCAACUCCAGGGAUGUUGAAAAUGCGCCGAGAGGGCAAAGAGCAAAAGAAAAACAUCUUGUUGAAACAACAAACGCAGUUUGCAAAGCCUUUGCCGACCCUUGUCAAACCAGCUGCCGAGGCUGGGCAGGAUAACCCGGAGUGGCUCAUCAGUGAAGACUGGGCACUUCUGCAGGCAGUGAAGCAGCUGCUGGAGCUUCCUUUAAAUCUCGCUGUCGUAUCGCCAGCACACACUCCCAAUUGGGACCUGGUUAGUGAUGUUGUUAACUCGUGCAGCAGAGUCUAUCGCUCACCCAAACAAUGCCGAAACAGAUAUGAAAAUGUCAUUAUUCCAAGGGAAGAAGGAAAGCUAAUGUACGAAGCUAAUCCUAAAAAGAAGACAAAAAGUAUUUAUAAGACUAAAAACAGUCGUCCGCUUCGUACCAAUCAGAUCUACGCUCAAGAUGAGGGUGCCACCCACACGCAACUUUAUACUAAUCACUUUGAGAUGAUGAAAAUGAUUGCAGGGAAGAGAAGUCCCCCCAUCAAACCCCUACUUGGCAUGAAUCCUUUCCAGAAGAAUCCCAAGCAUGCAUCCGUGCUUGCAGAAAGUGGAAUCAACUAUGAUAAGCCACUUCCUCCAAUUCAAGUUGCGUCCCUCCGAGCAGAACGCAUUGCAAAAGAGAAAAAGGCGCUGGCGGAGCAGCAGCGGGCGCAGCAGCAGCCGGGCGCGCAGGCGCAGGCGCAGCCGGCGGGGCCGCAGCCGCAGCCACCCGUGCCGCAGCCGCAGCCGCAGCCGCAGGUGGUGCAGCAGCCGCAGGCGGUGGUGCAGACGGCAGCGACCACCGUGGCCAACACAGCCGUGCUGGCGGGCACAAUCAAAACAGCAGUUACGGGGACAAGUAUACAGACUGCUACAGUGAGUGGAAAUGUCAUCGUGAAUACGGUUGCUGGUGUCCCCGCUGCCACCUUCCAGCCCAUCAACAAGCGGCUGGCGUCACCGGUUAUCCCGGGGGCGCUGACGAGCUCGGGAGGCACGGCGGCUGCACAGGUUGUCCACACCCAGCAGCGAACUGCAGCGGCACCCACUGCUUCCACAGAGCUGGUGACCAUCGCGUCUACCCAGGGCGUUCGAGCAGUGACGUCCGUGACAGCAUCCGCAGUGGUGACCACAAACCUAACGCCCGUGCAGACCCAGACAAGAUCUCUGGUGACUCAGGUUACACCAGCCACACCAACAGUCCAGCUCUCUGGCAAAACCAUCACGCCCGCUCACUUCCAGCUCCUGCGGCAGCAGCAGCAGCAGGCGGCGCAGGUGCAGGUCCCGCAGAUCCAGGCGCAGGCACAAGCCCAGUCUCCAGCUCAAAUAAAAACUGUCGGGAAGUUGUCACAGGAACAGCUGCUCAAGCUGCAGAAGCAGAAGCUGCAGCUCCCCCAGCAGCAGGCGGGGCAGCCGGCGCAGCAAGGGGCGCAGCAGCAAACAGCGCAAGUGCAAGUGCAGCAGCAGCAGCAGACUCAGCAGCUCGCUACUGUUACGGCACCUCGUCCUGGCGCAGUCCUCACAGGCACGACUGUGACAAACCUGCAAGUUGCUCGUCUUACUCGUGUUCCUGCUUCCCAGCUCCAAGCACAAGGGCAGAUCCAGGCCCAGACUCCGCAGACAGCCCAGGUUGCUCUGGCGAAGCCUCCGGUGGUGUCUGUUCCAGCUGCCGUCGUCUCGUCUGCAGGAGUCACCACGCUCCCCGUCACUGUUGCAGGCAUUAGUGUUGCUAUUGGGCAGCCCCAGAAAGCAGCAGGAGGCCAGACGGUCGUUGCGCAGCCGCUGCACGUCCAGCAGCUUCUGAAGCUCAAGCAUCACCAAGCCGCGCAGCAGCAGAAGGCGAUCCAGCCGCAGGUCGCACAGGGCCAGGCCGCCGUGCAGCAAAAGAUAAAUGCUCAACAGGUUACGGUCCAGACCCAACAGCAGACUUCACAGCAACAAAAAGUAACUUACACUACACAGCCUGCCAUUAAAACACAGUUCUUAACAACUCCAAUUUCCCAAAGCCAGAAACCAGGUGGAACUCAGCAAGUGCAGGCCCAGAUUCAGGUACAGGUCGCAAAACUUCCCCAAGUGGUCCAGCAACAGGCUGCAGUUGCCAACAUUCAACAGAUGGUUUCAGUUUCCCAACAGGUACAAGCUCAGCCCCAAACCGUGACGCUUUCCCAGACGACAGCAGGGCAGCAGCAGGUGCAGGUGAUUCCUGCAACCACCGCGACCGCGCAGGUCGUGCAGCAGAAGCUGAUCCAGCAGCAGGUGGUGACAACAGCGUCUCCCCAGAUUCAGGCUCCGGGGGUGCAGAACCCAGCCCAGACACCAGCAGCGUCCGAAGCCCAGAGUCAGCAAGCGAAAGUCCAAAUGAGGACGCCCACGGUCAGAUUAAAGGCUCCUACUAAACCAAGUUGAACUGAUGAUUUCAAUGCAAUAACGGGGAAACACGGCAUUUCUUGCUUGCUCAGCCGAGUGAGAAGCUACUCCAAACAUCCAAAUGAAGACAAACCACCUCUAUAUUUUUUUUUAGCAGAAGGUUUCUUGCUGGUGAACAUUUAAACAUGGAAGCACUUGCAUAACUUUCAGCAUAUUAGCAACUGUUUAGCACCCAAAAUCUGUACAAGAUGCAUUCUGCCAGUGUUCUCUGUGCUCGUUCGACCCACAUAAAGCAAACAUUGCUUACAGUUAAAUUCUGCCCAGCUUCACAAAGUAAAAUGGCGAUAUGCCAUAAAUGUCAGUAAAAUCCAUCUGUGUUAGCGUUGCAUAAAGUGCCCGUGGGAAUAUGCAGUUCUUUGCUGUAGCUGGGACGUGCGCUCGGUGUCCGGUGAAGCCAUUCAGAGACACCGCAAAGUGUUUCCAGUGGUAGAACAGCCCCACUGAGGCAGGUACCUCUGGAAGAUCCAACUCAUCUUUGAGGUGCUCCCUGCAGAGUUUAGCCAAUAAAUGUGAAAACCUGUAAGUACAUGUAAUUAAAAAGGAAAAAAAAAAGUUUCAUUCUCCAUUUUUGUAAGUCUUUUAAAAUGUUUGUUAGUAGUUUUGUGUACAGUUUACUGAAUCACCCGACCUGUGCGCUCAUUCUCAUCUUUCACUUUAAGAUAAUGGAUAUUUUAGGCAUGAACUGAGUAAAUACUGUGUUGAUAGUAGAUGUGUAUUACAGUGUAGCCCAUUUUUUUGGUAAAAGGUUUGGUGGUUUCAGCUAAACAAAUGAUCCACAGCUGUUUCUCAUGGGGCUUCUGUCGAGGAAACUCUCCAGCUGAUAGAAUUGGAUCUCCCAGUUUCAUUCUGCUCUUGCAACAUGUUUAAAUGUUCGGUUCUUUCUACUCAGCUUUUGGCUCGGGGGGUGGGGGCCGAGGGAAGGGGGAGUAGGGAAAUUAAAUCUAAGACUUAAUUCUUCAACUGUGUAAAGAAUAAGAUCUAACUUUUAUACUAUUCUUUUACUAAAGCUAAUGAUGAAUGUAUCUUCAGGUGGAUAUUUUGGAUGCGAAUAGAGCGUGGCCUCUUCCUCCAAAUCGGUUUGCCUUAUUGUUAUGAAAAAAAAGCAAGAAGCUGCCUGGGACUGUGAGGGGGUUCUUUCCUUUUCUUGUGUAAAAUGAACCCAGACUGUUUGCAAACAGCACUGAGCGAGGAGUCAAAAAGCUCUUGGUGACUCGAAUGCAUUUGCUUUACUUUGGCCAUAGAACCGCACGAUGUGGAAAAUUCAGACAAAGUUGUAACAUUCCUUUUCCGAGGUGGUUUUAAAGUUAUUUUCCCGUUCUGUGAUCUUUUUACUCUUUUAGGGUGGCAGCCUGUUUAGAGGCAAGGAAAGCGUACCGCGUACCUUUUGUUCUUACCUCUGUGUGUAACACCUGUCGGCACCUGCAAUCCAAAUGGCUUAAACAAGAAACCAGCCAGCUCCUGAUCUCCCCCGAGUAGGUGCAGCGGGCAGGGAGGUCACAGUUGCCAGGUUUUUCUUAGUUUUUAUUUUAGCUUAUACCUCUUUUCUCCUGCAUCCUCUUUUUCUUGGACCCUCCGGUCUGCAAAUACAGGGGCAUUGUUGGUUUUUUUAAGCUGUUUGUGCAGUCGUAUUGCCCGACCCCGCCGAACCGCUGGCUUGUGCCGUUACCUGAACUUCAUUAGUAGCCACAAAGCUGAAGCAUUGGCGACGGAGUAGUUUAAAAUGCAAAGCAAAUGCGGUGGUAACAGAUGACUGACCCUGUGUACAGUAUAGUGUUGCUCAUCCAGAAAUAUUGCUUAGUUAGCCCCAGGCUUACUUUUAAGUGUUUAGCUCUUAUUAUGUGCAUGAAAUUGGGGUGGGGGGGAAACACUUAGAGGAGUGGGGGAGCUGUGGGCUGCAUCGUUGUGCUGGUCUGAUUUGGUGUCUAAAGAGGCAAUUGUUUCUUGUUUAGGUCAGUUAAUGAGAUUAAAAUAACUUCUUUUUUUCCUUAUUUUUUCAUUUUUUUUCCCUUCUGAUGUGUCUUUCUCCCGGGAGUGUGUUAGGAAGUCAGCCUGUAAAUAACUGAUGAACAUAAGCAUUUGUACUUGAUCCAGUAGGAUUGUAAGAAUAGUGAUGUAUCCUACCUGAAGGUGUAAUAAAGUGUACAUUUUUAUAA